UGUCCAUCCUCGGUGCGCAGCGGGUUGCUCCCAUCCCACACCGUCUCAAUGAAGGAGGCCGAUGCAAUCAAGCUCUUCAUCGGGCAGAUACCCCGAAAUCUUGAGGAGAAGGACUUGAAACCCAUCUUCGAACAGUUCGGGAAGAUCUAUGAGUUGACGGUGAUAAAGGACAAAUACACGGGGAUGCACAAAGGUAAGGGGAGAAUUAAACAAUUACUGUAUAGGCUAUGCUGUAGAGUGCAUGGAAGUACUUUAUUAUAAUAUAAUGGACAGAUGUCUCACUUAUCCCCUCCAUAGGCAUAGUAGCCUACAUUUAUUCUCUACAUUUAUUCUCUACAACAGAAUACUAAAGGAGAAGUUCUUUUUUCAACCAAAUCUCUAUUUUUGUUAUAGAAGGGUCCAGAUAACUUUUUUGUGAUUUGUGAUUUCACAUGUUUUAGAGAAACUUAUACCAGACACCAAAUUACUUCCGCAUCCCCGGGCGCCGAUGGAUUAAGGCAGCCCCCCGCACCUCACUGAUUCAGAGGGGUUGGGUUAAAUGCAUUCAGUUGUACUGGCUAGGUAUCCCCCUUUCUCUAGUAUGGGGGGCCCUGAAAAAACAUGAACAAAGGUUCCAGAAACACCCAAAUAUGUCCUUUUAAAUGACUAAAAUGUAAAUGUAAAAUGUAGAAACGGCAAAGCUCUCAGUCUAGGGAUGCAGGUCUUUAGAUGUUGUACACAUGAAAUUGUGUCAUGAAAUUGUAUAUUCCAUUUUGUUGCGACUCGAGCGAUAAGUCUCUGUCCAUUCUACAGGCCAAAAUAAAAGAAACACUUGAGUAAAUGAGGGAUACAAAGUAUAUUGAAAGCAUGGGGUGCUUCCACAUAGGAAGUUCCAGACACUUGUAGAAUCUAUGCCAAGGCACAUUUACAUCCAUUGUGAAUGACAACAGUUCCUCUCUCAAUACGAAAAAUCUUUACAACACUCCCCCUCGAUAACAACCAAGCCUCGGUGUGAAAUGGAACAUUGUCAUGCUCUGAUCCCAUAUCUCCACAUAGUUUUGCAAACAGGCAUGCGUGCAGUGGAUGUGGUUUGAUGUAGUUUACAAUCGAAGUUACCUGCUGCAGUACAUCUCCGAGUUCUGUGCUCAGGUCUUUUGCUGCCAGUUGCGCUCGGUGUAUCAUAAAAUGCGUCCAUAUGACAGAGGGAGACACAUUCAUAACUAGAGUGCAGAGGCCUGCCCGCCGUCCCGCCAUAGAUGGAGCCCCAUCUGCGCAAAAGCCCACCAUUCGAUCCCGUAUGGAAUCUGUUUUUCGUCAAUAUAGCCACGCAGCAGACUGAACAUCCCUUAUGCCGUUUCAUGCUCGGGAAUCGUGAGACAGAACAAUAUGUCCUCGUAAAUAGCAUCCCCCGCCAUGUAGUGUGAACAAAAGUCAAUGCAUGGGCAUCUAGGCCCUCACAGCUAAUGUCCAUUUGGAGAGCAUAAACUGGGGAGUUUUUGAGUCGUUCAGUCAGUUCUCUUGAUUGCUAGCAAUAGCAUAAAUUCUUCACUUAACAGUGUUAUCUGACAAAGGUAUUGAUGUGAGUUUCUGUGCCUCUGCCUCCCCACACAUUGUUUUCAACAUAUCAAUUGCAGCCUGUAUUAUCAAAGUCUCUGCAAUAGUGUGUGGUUUCAUAGUGUAGCAGGCCUAGCCAUCACCAGGAAAUGAUUCAAGUGCUGCCUUUUUAAGUGCGCUCUCUGGUUUAAUUUUAUUUUACAUUUUUUUAAAAUUUUUUGUCAUUUAGCAGACUUACAGUUAGUGAAUGCAUACAUUUUUCAUACUGGCCCCCCGUGGGAAUCGAACCCACAACCCUGGCGUUGCAAGCACCAUGCUCUACCAACUGAGCUACAGGAUAUCUUUUAGAUUUGAAUAAUUUUCAUUUAGAUUUUUAAGGUUAACCACAUUACAAUGAUUUUGAGAAAACGAUGUUAUAAUAUAUAUAUUUUUCGUUUAUAUAUAUAUAUAUUUUUUUUUUUGUCAGGAUUUUGACAAAGUUAAAACAGGUUUUUAGAAAUAUCUUAUUUACAUAAGUAUUCACACCCCUGAGUCAAUAGAUGUUAGAGUCACCUUUGGCAGCGAUUACACCUGUGGGUCUUUCUGGGUAUGUCUCAAAGAGCUUUGCACACCUGGAUUGUACAAUGUUUGCACAUUAUUCUUUAUAAAAUUCUUCAGGCUCUGUCAAGUUGGUUGUUGAUCAUUGCUAGACAGCCAUUUUCAAGUCUUGCCAUAGAUUUUCAAGCUGAUUUAAGUCAAAACUGUAACUAGGCCACUCAGGAACAUUCAAUGUAGUCUUGGUAAGCAACUCCAGUGUAUACAGUGGGGAAAAUAAGUAUUUAGUCAGCCACCAAUUGUGCAAGUUCUCCCACUUAAAAAGAUGAGAGAGGCCUGUAAUUUUCAUCAUAGGUACACGUCAACUAUGACAGACAAAUUGAGAAAAAAAAUCCCAGAAAAUCACAUUGUAGGAUUUUUAAUGAAUUUAUUUGCAAAUUAUGGUGGAAAAUAAGUAUUUGGUCACCUACAAACAAGCAAGAUUUCUGGCUCUCACAGACCUGUAACUUCUUCUUUAAGAGGCUCCUCUGUCCUCCACUCGUUACCUGUAUUAAUGGCACCUGUUUGAACUUGUUAUCAGUAUAAAAGACACCUGUCCACAACCUCAAACAGUCACACUCCAAACUCCACUAUGGCCAAGACCAAAGAGCUGUCAAAGGACACCAGAAACAAAAUUGUAGACCUGCACCAGGCUGGGAAGACUGAAUCUGCAAUAGGUAAGCAGCUUGGUUUGAAGAAAUCAACUGUGGGAGAAAUUAUUAGGAAAAUGAAGACAUAAAAGACCACUGAUAAUCUCCCUCGAUCUGGGGCUCCACGCAAGAUCUCACCCCGUGGGGUCAAAAUGAUCACAAGAACGGUGAGCAAAAAUCCCAGAACCACACAGGGGGACCUAGUGAAUGACCUGCAGAGAGCUGGGACCAAAGUAACAAAGCCUACCAUCAGUAACACACUACGCCGCCAGGGACUCAAAUCCUGCAGUGCCAGACGUGUCCCCCUGCUUAAGCCAGUACAUGUCCAGGCCCGUCUGAAGUUUGCUAGAGUGCAUUUGGAUGAUCCAGAAGAGGAUUGGGAGAAUGUCAUAUGGUCAGAUGAAACCAAAAUAUAACUUUUUGGUAAAAACUCAACUCGUCGUGUUUGGAGGACAACGAAUGCUGAGUUGCAUCCAAAGAACACCAUACCUACUGUGAAGCAUGGGGGUGGAAACAUCAUGCUUUGGGGCUGUUUUUCUGCAAAGGGACCAGGACGACUGAUCCGUGUAAAGGAAAGAAUGAAUGGGGCCAUGUAUCGUGAGAUUUUGAGUGAAAACCUCCUUCCAUUAGCAAGGGCAUUGAAGAUGAAACGUGGCUGGGUCUUUCAGCAUGACAAUGAUCCCAAACACACCACCCGGGCAACGAAGGAGUGGCUUCGUAAGAAGCAUUUCAAGGUCCUGGAGUGGCCUAGCCAGUCACCAGAUCUCAACCCCAUAGAAAACCUUUGGAGGGAGUUGAAAGUCCGUGUUGCCCAGCGACAGCCCCAAAACAUCACUGCUCUAGAGGAGAUCUGCAUGGAGGAAUGGGCCAAAAUACCAGCAACAGUGUGUGAAAACCUUGUGAAGACUUACAGAAAACAUUUGACCUGUGUCAUUGCCAACAAAGGGUAUAUAACAAAGUAUUGAGAAACUUUUGUUAUUGACCAAAUACUUAUUUUCCACCAUAAUUUGCAAAUAAAUUCAUUAAAAAAUCCUACAAUGUGAUUUUCUGGAUUUUUUUUUCUCAUUUUGUCUGUCAUAGUUGACGUGUACCUAUGAUGAAAAUUACAGGCCUCUCAUCUUUUUAAGUGGGAGAACUUGCACAAUUGGUUGCUGACUAAAUACUUUUUUUCCCCACUGUAUUUGGCCUUGUGUUUUAGGUUAUUGUCCUGCUGAAAGGUGAAUAUUUCUCCUAGUGUCUGAACCAGAUUUUCUUCUCGGAUUUUGCAUGUGCUUAGCUCUAUUCCAUUUAUUUUUAUCCUAAAAAAACUCUGUAGUCUUUGCCGAUGACGAUCAUACCCAUAACAUGAUGCAGCCCCCACCAUGCUUGAAAAUAUGAAGAGUGGUACUUAGUGUUGUGUUGGAUUUGCCCCAAACAUACUGUAAUGCUUUGUAUUCAGGACAUAAAGUUUAUUUUUUUGCAGUUUUAUUUUAGUGCCUUAUUACAAACAGGAAGCAUGUUUUGGAAUAUUUGUUAUUCUGUACAGGCUUCAUCCUUUUCACUCUGUCAUUUAGGUUAGUAUUGGAGUAACUAUUGGAGUAACUAUAAUGUUGUUUAUCCAUUCUCAAUUUUCUCCUAUCACAGCCAUUAAACUCUGUAACUGUUCUAAAGUCACCAUUGGCCUCGUGAAAUCCCUGAGCGGUUUCCUUAUCUCCUGAAACUGAGUUAGGAAGGACGCCUGUAUCUUUGUAGUGACUGGGUGUAUUGAUACACCAUCCAAAGUGUAAUUAAUAACUUCACCAUGCUCAAAGGGAUAUUCAAUGUCUUCUUUUUUCAUUUUUACCCAUCUACCAAUAGGUGCCCUUCUUUGCGAGGCAUUGGAAAACCUCCCUGGUCUUUGUGGUUGAAUCUGUGUUUGAAAUUCAAUGCUCGACUCAGGGACCUUACAGAUAAUUGUAUGUGUGGGGUACAGAGAAGGCGUAGUCAAUCGAAAAUCAUGUUAAACACUAUUAUUGCACACAUACAAUUAGUGAGUCCAUGCAACUUAUUGUGAAUUGUUAAGCAAAUUUUUACUCCUGAAAUUUAGGAUUGCCAUAACAAAGGGUUUGAAUACUUAUUGACUCAAGACAUCUCAGCUUUUCAUUUUGAAUUAAUUUGUAAAAACAUAAUUCCACUUUGACAUUAUGGGGUAUUGACUGUAGCCCAGUGACAAAAAAAAUCUAAAUGUAAUCUAUUUUAAAUUCAGGCUGUAACACAACAAAAUGUGGAAAAAGUCAAGGGGUGUGAAUACUUUCUGAAGGCACUGUAUUUGGGUGUUGUUGGAGCCUUUGUUCAUGUUUUUUCGGGGCCCCCAUAAAACACAACGAGGAUGAGGAAGUGAUUUGCUGUUUGGGGUAAGUUUCUAAAAAAUUUGAAAUCACAAAAAAGGUGUCUGGACCCUUCUAUAACAUCCCAUUUACAUCAAAAAUAGAGAAUUGGUUGAAAAACAACAACUUCUCCUUUAAAGUUACAAUGCAACCUGCUGCAACUUCUCUUUGUCCACUGUUGUAUCACAGUAUACUAAUACAUCAUUUGUUGAAUGGUAUAAUGAACCCUCAAUCCUACCCCAGGCUGUGCCUUCCUGACAUACUGCGAACGAGAGUCUGCCCUCAAGGCCCAGAAUGCACUGCACGAGCAGAAGACGCUACCAGGGGUGAGUGCGCUCUCUGACGUUCAACAGCAUACACUGGCAGAGUUCCAAAUGGCACCCUAUUCCCCAUGUAGUGCACUAUUGGCUAGAGCCUUAUGGCCUCUGGUCAAAAUUAGUGCACUAGUACUACAUUGGAAAAUCGGGUCCCAUAUGGGACUCGGCCACUCCGAUGAGCAAAAGGCAGAACAAGUGGCAUUCUACCUCACUGAACUACACACACAGACACACAACAGUGUGCCACAGAAAAACUAACUCCCUCUGACAUGUGAGCUCCACUUCCCUUUGAGUUGAUGUGCCCAAGAGGAAGGUCAGAGGUGGCUUUCCUAUAUUCCCUGUACAUGACACAUCCAGUCAGAGCCUUAGACAUCCUCCUACAACGUCUUUGGUUGUAAGUGACAGCUUAGGGGCAUGCCGAAGUCACUUUGCCCUCUCUCUCUCUCGCCCCCUCUUUCGACUCGCACAUUCUAAUCAAAGUUAGAGCAGCUUGAUUAGCAUAAUUAGCAGGUGUGCUGCCAAGUGACAUUUAUGGAGCAGAAUGUGACGUGACAGGCGUUCUCUCUCGGCAGUCUCUAUAGAAACAGACUAGUAUUGUGUUCCAAAUGCUAUUCCCUAUAUAGUGCACUUCUUUUGACCAGGGCUCAUAGGGUUUAAUUCAAAAGUAGUGUACUAUAUAGGGAAUUAGGGGUACCAUUUGGGCUAAAUGCAACACGGCUAGGAAUUAUUAUUGGACAAGCCUGCUUUCCUCCUUCACUCAGUCUCUGCCUCUUCUCAAUAUUUUCCUCUCAUCUCCCUUUUCUUUUUAUUAAGGUUUACUGA